ACAUUCACGUUCAUAUGUCAUCACGUGACGAAACACGAAUGUACAUAAGAAGCGGUUCACAGUGGCAACGAACUCUCAAAAGCUCUCAAGACCAUCAUCAACCACCAUGGCCACGCUUCACUGCAAUUCACUCACUCUUAAUAAACCGUUUUAUCAACAAUCCUCAAGAACAAGACCACCCUUCUUGUACCCCGUUUUCUCAUCCAAUCGUUUUGUACCAAAUAUUGGAUCCUCUACCUCUAGGUCAUUCAAGACCUCAACUUCUUUCAGGUGGAGUGGGACUGUUUCUGCUGUUGUUUCAGAGGGGAGCGCCGUUGGGGCGAGUUUUUCUGCGACUGAGGUCUUCAAACUGACAUAUUUGGAGGGAAAUAGUUGGCUGUGGAAUGUUGGUGGGGCUAACAUAUUGGUUGAUCCAAUUUUGGUUGGUAACUUGGAUUUUGGAAUUCCUUGGCUAUAUGAUGCUGCUAAGAAAGUGUUAAAGAAGUUCCAGCUCAGUGAUCUUCCUGAAAUCGAUUGCCUACUCAUUACACAAAGCCUUGAUGAUCAUUGCCAUUUGAAGACCUUGAACCCUUUCUCUCAGAAAUUCCCAAAUGUUAGAGUUAUAGCAACUCCUAACGCCAAAACUUUGCUUGAUCCUCUGUUCAACAAUGUUACAUAUGUUGAACCUGGAGAGAGCUCUGUUAUUGAAUCAAAGAAUGGUUCCAACAUCUGCAUUAAGGCUACAGCAGGACCAGUUCUUGGACCUCCUUGGCAACGCCCUGAGAACGGGUAUAUUGUUAGAUCUCCACAGGGGCAAUUGUCUCUUUACUAUGAACCUCACUGUGUGUACAAUCAAAAUCUGGUUGAGAAGGAAAAGGUAGAUAUCGUGAUCACGCCGGUGAUAAAGCAGCUUUUGCCGAAUUUCACCCUGGUUUCAGGACAAGAAGAUGCUGUGAAACUUGCUAAGCUGCUGCAAGCCAGGUUCAUUGUGCCAAUGAAAAAUGGAGACCUAGAUAGCAAAGGAGUACUAGCAAGCUUAGUUCAGUCUGAAGGAACAAUAGAAUCAUUUAAGGAUCUUUUAUCAAGAGAGUUACCAGAUGCAAAGUUUAUAGAGCCUGCCAUUGGCGUUCCACUAGAAAUUUCAGCAAACUAAAGAUACAAUGUAACAACGUAACGUAAUGAAUUCACUAUUUCACAAUAUAGUCUAUGGAGAUUUUUAUUUACAAUGAAACAUUAAUAAAAAAAAUGAUUAAUUUUCAUUCUUGGUCAGAGUA